AUGGGCGUUCACAGCCGCAGCAUCGAAUUGGGUGUUUGGAAGAGCAUGGACGAAUACCAUGAGGCACUCACCAGCCUUUCGACGACUCAAUACCGCGGAUACAGGGACACUGUCGUCCUCAACGCAGCCUUCUUUGCAACGUACAAGUCGAUCAAGAAUGUUCAAGAAAAGCUUCGUCGACUGACCAAUCUCACCGUCGGGGAAAUCGGUCAACUGUUGGCGAUCAUUGGGGACUUUGAGGAACCAGGUCGCAAACUAGUGGAAUUUCUGAAGCAGCACAAGGGGGAUUUCGUGAACAAUGGUGCUUGUACGGACACGACUGAAUGGCUUUCGCAAAUCGAGGGAGAGUCAAAUCGCAUCAUGGAAGAUGUUGCCGAGAAAUCACCUUCGAGAUUCCAUGAGGCAUUCCGUGGCGCGUACAAAUCGUUGGGGAUGAGCCUUGCGGAGAGCCGCAACAUUACCUGGACGGAAUGUUUCGGCCCCCCGGAUCAGGAUAAUUAG